UCUUUUGGCUUCUACCGGCUGCCGUCGCUCCGCGCUGUCGGCGGGCGGACUUUUUGGCUGCUAUCGGUCCCCGUCGCUGCUGCGCGUGCGGUCGGGCGCGCGCGAUGGCGGAGCCCAGCUGAGCGGCGGAGCGGUUUUGGGCCCCUCGGUACAAGAAGGAUGUUGAGAUGCUGGAGCAGCUCCGUGGAAGGGCAAUGAAGCUGGUGAAGGGGCUGAAGCACAAGUUUUAUGAGAGGUGGCCGAGGGAACUGGGGUUGUUCAGCCUGGAGAAUAGGAGGCUGCAGGGAGACCUUAUCGCUGUCUACAACUGCCUGAAAGGAGGUUAUAGCAAGGAUUUUUAUCCAACAGGAGUUAGACCACGCUUAAAAAGGUAAAAGGCCUUGUGAAGAUGCCUGCUGCCUGUGAUUCAGUGCUUGAAGAUAUUGAAGAUAUUGUGUCAGCAGAAGAUUUGAAGCCACAUGAUCGGGAGUUUGUAAGAAAGAAUGUUUUUCCAAAAGUGCGAAAACGCAAUUCACAAAAAAACAUUCAGACAGAUGAUGAUCCCCCAAGUGACAGCAUUAUUCCCGGUGCUCAGAAAAUCUGGAUUCGUACAUGGGGGUGUUCUCACAAUAAUUCAGAUGGUGAAUAUAUGGCUGGACAGCUGGCUGCAUAUGGAUACAAAAUUACAGACAACUCUGAUGAAGCAGAUCUAUGGUUGCUGAAUAGUUGUACAGUAAAAAAUCCUGCUGAGGACCACUUCAGAAACUCAAUCAAGAAAGCCCAAGAAGGGAAGAAGAAAGUGGUUCUAGCAGGCUGUGUGCCACAAGCGCAACCUCGUCAGGACUACUUGAAAGGCUUGAGUGUUAUAGGGGUUCAGCAGAUAGAUCGUGUAGUAGAAGUUGUGGAGGAAACUAUUAAAGGUCAUUCAGUGAGACUGCUGGGUCAGAAAAAGGAUAAUGGAAAGCGUUUGGGGGGAGCACGACUGGAUUUGCCAAAGAUUAGGAAGAAUCCACUGAUAGAAAUCAUUUCCAUCAAUACAGGGUGUCUCAAUGCAUGUACUUACUGCAAAACUAAGCAUGCCAGAGGAGAUCUAGCAAGUUAUCCAAUUGAAGAACUAGUGAAUAGAGCCAAACAGUCUUUUCAAGAGGGUGUUUGUGAGAUAUGGCUGACCAGUGAAGACACAGGGGCUUAUGGCAGAGACAUUGGCACAGACCUCCCUACACUUUUGUGGAAGCUGGUUGAUGCUAUUCCUGAGGGAGCUAUGCUGAGGCUUGGCAUGACAAACCCUCCCUAUAUUUUAGAGCAUCUGGAGGAAAUGGCAAAGAUUCUCAAUCAUCCAAGAGUAUAUGCUUUUCUCCACAUACCAGUCCAGUCAGCUUCUGACAGCGUACUAAUGGACAUGAAAAGAGAAUACUGUGUGGCAGACUUCAAACAAGUAGUGGAUUUCCUGAAAGAAAAAGUGCCUGGAAUAACAAUUGCUACAGACAUCAUCUGUGGUUUCCCAGGAGAGACAGAUGAAGAUUUUCAAGAAACAAUGAAACUUGUAGAACAGUACAGAUUUCCAAGUUUGUUUAUUAACCAAUUUUACCCACGCCCAGGAACCCCAGCUGCAAAAAUGCAUCAAGUUCCAGCUGCAGUGAAAAAACAGAGAACAAAGGAUCUGUCCCAGCUGUUUCAUUCAUACAAUCCAUAUGAUCACAAGGUUGGUGAGAGGCAGAGAGUUCUGGUAACAGAAGAAUCCUUUGAUUCCAAUUACUAUGUUGCUCACAAUCCUUUCUAUGAGCAGGUUCUUGUGCCAAAGGAUCCUCUGCUAAUGGGUAAGAUGGUAGAAGUGAAUAUUUAUGAAGCUGGGAAACAUUUCAUGAAGGGGCAGCCAGUGUCAGAUGCCAGAGUUUACACUGCAUCCAUCACCAGACCAUUAGCAAAAGGAGAAGUUUCUGGUUUAACAGAGGUAUUCAGACAUGAACCACAGAAUGGCACAAACUGGAAAGCACGCUCUUCUGCCGAGAUCCCAGUGAAAACAUCAUUCAGCUUGUGGAUGGCUUUGCAGCUGCCAUGGCAACAAGGAGGUGGAUUGAAGAUACUGUCUGUCAGCCUGGCUCUACUGGCAGUUCUUGUUAUGUUUUACUGUGGAGGAUUGAAAGCUGGACUGUGAACUGAAUGAGGCUUUUAUGAAAACAAUAAAACUGCUGCUUAAAAUCUUCAAAGGAAAUACUUCUAUCAACAAUUCUCCUUUAAAAAAAAAUAAAGCUAAUAUAAAUUGGGCAAUAAUUUGUACUCACCCUUCACCUUUCCUGUCAUUCAUAGGAGAGAAUGUUAAUAAGUUCUAGGGAGACUUAUCUUGCCAAAAUUUGAGAUGCUUGGUUGGCAGAACAGUUUGUUGCAUCUUUCCUCUUCUUUUUUAUAAAAUUAUGCAAUGUUUGCAUUGCUUACUUUUUUCAUAACUGCUUUAGCAGGUAAAAUUGCAUGCAGGAAUUUCAUGAAGUUUAUAGGAAAUCUUUCCAUUGAGUGAUGUUGAUAAUCUUUUAUGGGCAGAACAUUUAAAGCUUUCUUAAAUAUUUUGCUUAAUGCAGUGUGAUGGUUGGAUGUGUGUCUUUUUACGUUACAAUCAAACACUGCUGGGCCAUUAAAGUUUGUCAUUGGUUGCUAUUGAUUUUGUUGUCAUGUCUGGAAGAGUUUUUAGCCUGCAAUCUUGCCUUCUUCAACUUCACAGUGAGUUACUGGGCUUUGUUAGUACAACAAGAAUUAUUUUUUGCAUAGAAAUAGUUUUAAAGUUUUUUUUUAUCACUAAAUCAGAAGAUGGAGUUCUUGUGGUGGAGUUCUGUUAAAAGAUGGGUUUAAUACAGUCUCUAUAGAUUCAGUUUAAUAGUCAGAGAACUAAACAUGAAUCUUGUAUUAGCUGUGUGUUGAGUCAUGCUGUGUGUAAGACAGUAUUGCUCUGUUAGUGGGGAGGUUUUAUUUUACACACUGCAAAUUUCUGAUUAUUUUCUUUCAAGUCAUUUUUGUCAUGACGGGAUCUCCACACAUCUUGAGAUUGUGCUGGUCAGUCAGAGACUGGACUCCACUCAGUUCUGCCAGCUGCUGACUGCAUGAUACUGUUUGUUGGUUCAUAACUUGUCACUUUUCUGGAUCUUCAUCCAAACUUCCGUUUGCAAAGUCUGUUAAAAAUGUUAAGAGCAGUAACUGUUUUUUUUUAAUUUUUAAUAUGUUUGUGUCAUACCCAACACAGACAGAGCUGAACUGCAUAUACGGCUAUUGUGCUUUAGCCUUAGUAGGCAGCUAACACAGCCACUUGCUCACUCCUCCCAGUUGGAUGGGUGCAAGAAUCAGAAGGGUAAAAGUGAGAAAGCUCGUGGGUUGAAAUAAAGACAGUUUAAUAGGUAAAUCAAAAGCUAUGCAUGCAAGCAAAGCAAAACAAUUAAUUCAUUCACUACUUCAGAUUGGCAUGCAGGCAUUCGGCUAUCUCCAGGAAAGCAAGGCUUCAUCACCUGUGACUUGUGAAGAGGAACACCAUCACUCCAAGUGCUUCCCCCUUCUUCCUCUUUUCCUCCAGCUUUAAAAUGCUGAGUGUGAUGCCAUAUGUUGUGGAAUAUUCCUUUGGUCAGUUGGGAUCAGCUGUCCUAGCUGUGUCCCCUCUGAGCUUCUUGUACAACUCCAGCCUACUUGUUGGUGGGACAGUGUGAGAAGCGGAAAAAAGACUUGAUGCUGUGCAAGCACUGCUCAGCCCUAACUAAAACAUCCCCAAGUGGGGCCACAAAUCCAAAACACAGCCCAUAUCAGCUAAAAGCAAGAAAAUUAAGCCUGUCCUGGCCCAAACUGGUACAGUGGCUCCACAAUGCAAAUAAAUAAUUCUCUAGGAAGAAUGAUUUGUACUCUGUAGACUGAGCAUUCAUACUAGUUACAGGCAAUUAAUCAGGAAGUUCCACCAUGAUGCUUUCAGUACAGCUUGUAAAUUAUAACAACAAAUGUAACUGUCUUCAGGAAAUUAGGUGUGUAAUUACUUUAGUCACUUGAAUGUUAUAUUUCUUAUUGCAACCUCUGAAACUCAUGAGCCAAGACUCAAAAUUCAUGAGAUUUAAAAAAAACAACAACAAAACUGUGCUCUUAAUUUGCUUCUAUUUGGGUUUUUUUUCAGGCUUUUCUCUACAACAAGGAAUAUGUAACAAUCAAUAAUUUACAUUUUUAACAAAUGUGAUAUUCUCAAAAAAAACCACUUGUCUCUGGGAGCUGAAUUUUUCAGGAAAGUACCACAUACCACAAGAUUCUCAGGAAAACUAUGAGUUGACAAAAUCAUUAUAGCUGAGCCAAUUUUUUGCAUCUGAUGGGUAAAAACUAUGGAAAUACGUUCAAUGCCUCUAGCACUCUCUCUGUCAGCCACUCUAGCUUAUCUAAUCAUAGCAAUUACAGACUCAUUGCAUCAGCUGUUACAGAGAUUUACGAAGCUGGCAAUUUAGAUUCUGUGCAUCGUUUUUUUUAAUGGGACCAGCUUAUUUUCUUAGAAAUAUGCAAUAUACACAAAGAGGCUGAAGAAGACUAUGUAAAUGACAUUGCCCACCGAAGCAGUAUAUUCUUAAACUGAGCUUUAAUCUGAUAAGUAGGAGCGGUUGUUUAUUAAGUGUUUUAUUAUCUUCCUUUAGAUUUUGAGAGGGUUUUUUGACACCUUGUGUUAUAGAGCAGGAGAGUGUUUGUCAUUUGUUUCUGUCGAUUUGCAACUAAAGCUUUCAAAGCCAAUGAGCUGAACAAGUCAGUUCUGGUCAAACAGCUCAUCUGGACCUUCAGGCAAAACCUGAACUACACCCUGCCUGGGGCUACUGUUGAAAACUGGAAAACCUCAGUGAGGGUAUUAGUGAACUUUAGAAGUAUUGUUUACUUCAUUGGACAGGUUCAUCCGAACACAUUUGAUCUGUGAUUUUUGCUCCCAUUUGGCUCCCUGAAUGCUUCUAAUUGCUGUGCCAGGUGGCAUUUUUAAUUUUUACAUUGGCAUUAUGUUCGAGGCCUACUUCCACCAAGUAUUCUUUCUUUACAAGCCAUCGGGGGGGUGAGAAAUCUACUGCACUUCAAGUUAGUGAGGUCAUUGCAGGAGAAGUUUCCCCAUGGUCGUUUGAUCUCACUCUUACACGUGGAUGAACACACUCAUCACUAGAGAAUGUGUCUGCUAACAAACAAUCUGCAUUCGAUGCAAGCUACCAAGGAAGCCUCAAGUGUUUUUCUUAAACGUCUGUGGUAGCUCUUGAGUUCCCUUUGGCUGUUUUCAGUGAGGAAUCUUGCAAACCACAAGGCUUGAACAGCAAAGACAUCUUAAAUCCCUUCUGAACAGCAGUAAGUGCACACUUUUAAUGUCCUGCUUGUGCAUGGGUUUGGAUGCUGGAGGAUUUCAUAAUUUCAUGUUUUCAUUGUAGCUUUCUAUGACUGGUAUACUUGAUUAGAAAAAGAAUAUGAAAUAAAAGAAGUGAUUUAUGUAAAGCUUGUUCUAUGAAGUAGGAGAGAGGAAAAAAAGGAGAAGGUACCUUUUGAGGAGAGUUCAUCCACCUCUGUCACAUCAUUAUCUGCACAUCUCUGAACAUCUGACAGUUUCUGUUAAUUUAGUUUCACUCUCCAGUUCAACUUCCCAUAUGGAAAGCUGGAGUGAUUUUUGAAUAACAGCAAGUAAUAUGUGAAGUGGCAGCAACUGGCAACUCUGACAUUGAGCUUGGCUGUGGCCAUUACCCAGAAUCCUUCCGCUCUUCUUGAGAAGCAAUUACAAUUUCACAGGUUGGAAUUAAAAUUCCCUGCGGUAUGCAAUAGAGUAACUGAAACUGUCAAAGUGAUUUCAAGCUGCUAAUCUCUUGCUGCUUGAAGAGUGAAAAUAGAGCCCCUCUUACCCAGACACAGAUCUGACAACUUAAAAACUCCAGCCGUCCACUAUGUUUGAAUACAUAUGGAGGGUGGCUUGAUCUGCUCACAGAAGAUAUCUGUAAAGAUGUUAUGUCUAUGAACAUUUGUGUGUUACUAACAAGUCUAUCUUUUUAACUUUAACAUGUAUGUAACUUAAGGGACUAAAACAAAUAUAAAAGAAGUCUUAUGCAAGAGCUCUGACAAUUUGGAGGUAU